UUAAUCAAUUGAGCCAAAUUAUGUUUCUUCAGCUUCGUUUAAAUCAUUAACUAAAGGGCCGUGCAGAUGAGCAGUUCAAUUAGCAAUCGCUGGGGAAAUCACCUGCUGACCAUCAGCCGCUGCCUGGCCGUGGCACCCACUGCAAGCAGGGGAUUCGCUCGAUGGAUUCACUGUCUUUGGUGCGUGCUUCUGCUGAGCUACGUGUGGACUGGCUGCAUCUGGAAGUGCAUUGUGUUUGACGCCGAAUUGCCGACCAUCGAGAAGCUGCUCUAUCUGAUGGAGUUCCCAGGCAACAUUACAAUCACUGGCCUCCUGGUGUUCCACGCUGUACUUAAUUGUCCGUACUCCAGGGACGUGGAGACGCAGAUUCAUCGGCUCAUCGGCGAGCAGGAUGUGGGAGUAGCGCGUAGACUUUACCGAAAGCACGAAAAGAGGACUCGUCUCCUGCUGGUGCAAACCAUCGUAUUCCAUGGCGCCUGCGUUGUGGUGGACAUUGUCAAUUACGACUUCAACUGGUGGACUACGUGGAUCAGCAAUAGUGUAUACAAUUUGCCCGCUCUGAUGAUCAGCCUCGGUGUGCUGCAAUACGCCCUCGCCGUGCACUUUCUCUGGCUGCUGCAGGCACAUCUUUGCCACCGUCUGGCGGAGCUGCAAGUACGCCAAAGGCCACCACCCCAAGGUAUCGUGAGGCUGGACGCGCGCUAUGAUCUGUUCUUUGCUUCACUGGUGGAUGCUGGCGGAUGCACUACUCUGGUGCUGGAUGAGCUGCGCUCAACGUACACUGCCAUCGAUCGUCUGCACAGGCAGCUGCUGGACAAGUUUGGCCUCUUCCUGCUGCUCAACUUUGGCAACUCUCUGUGCAGCUUCUGCGAGGAGUUCUACUUGGUCUUCAAUUUCUUUGAGCGGCCGCAAUGGGCCGCGGGUCUGUUGCUCUUCUACCGCAUACUGUGGCUGGUCAUGCACGGCUCACGCAUCUGGGUCAUCCUGGCCGUCAACGAGCAGCUGGUGGAGCAGGAAUGCCACUUUUGCCUUCAGCUUAACCAGCUGGAGGUGUGUGGCAGCCAUCUCGAGCGCACCAUUAAUCGUUUCCUGGUGCAGCUCCAGACGAGCAUCGGCCAACCCUUGCUCGCGUGCGGCGUCAUCGAUUUGGACACGCUGGCAAUGGGUGGGUUUAUCGGGGUGCUGAUGGCCAUUGUCAUAUUCCUAAUUCAAAUCGGCUUGGGGAACAAGUCGAUCAAGCUGGAUAUACGUUUGAAUAAACUGCCUCAUUUAAUAAUUCCGUAA